CCGGAAUCACCUCUCAGAGACAUCAACAUAGACCCAGAGGAGGUUGCUGAAGCCUUGAAAACUUUAAGAUCAAUAUCGGAGGGCAUGGAGAGAAAACUCCUCGAGAAGGAGAAGGAGCUGGAAGAAGCUGCCAUGACCAGUCAACAGGAGAAAGUGGAGGAAGAUCACUUGCAGGAAGAGGAGAACCAUCAGGAGGAGCAAGAAGAGGUGGAACACAAGGAAGAGGAACAAGAGGAGAAAAACAAGGAACAAGACGAAGAUGUUCCUCCAGAAAGAAAGAGGAAUAUGGAAGAACUGGAGAAAGAUGUUCCUCCAGAACAACAAGAAGAGGAGAUGGGGACUGGAGGAACAAGAGGAGCAAGAAGAAGAUGGUCCAGCUGA